AUGACGGGCCGCUGUAUAUCUUCGCAAAGAAUGGCGAAAUUCAAUCGGAAUGGAUACGAAAACUAAAAGAAAUUGUGCGCUACAACAAGGACCUCAAGCAGAAGUACCAUCCGUGUUUCUGGGUAGACGGCCAGUGGCAGUGCUGUCAACAGGAAGUGAAGCAGGCAAUGGGUUGCCGGGUGUUAGAAGGCUUGUCCAAAAACAGAGGGGGCUCCGGGAAACCUCUUCCUCCUACUCCAGUAGAGGAGCCGGCCGUCCAGACGUUGUCUCUGGAGCCCCCCAAGCCCUCACUGUCGGUGGGGAUGACAGUCAUCGCAGAGCACGAGUACAUCCCGCUGUCAGCCCAAGACCUGGAGCUGAAGAAGGACGAGGAGUACACCAUCCUGGAGAUGCCCGACGCCAACUGGUGGCGGGCGCGGGAUAAAUACGGAAGAGAAGGCUACAUACCAAAUAAUUAUGUUGUACAGGCUGGAAAUGUUCUAGAAAGAUAUCCCUGGUAUUGUAAGAAUAUGAACCGGAGCCAAGCAGAGAAUUUGUUAAAAACUGAGAACAAAGACGGUGGGUUUGUGGUGCGGGAUUCCAGGCUCAAGGCUGGGCAGUACACAGUUUCCCUGUUCAGUAAGAUCAGUGGGGAGACGGCUGGGAGCUGUCGACAUUACAACAUCUGCACCACCUCCCAGGGGCAGUUCUACCUGGCCGACAAGCACUUUUUCAGCACCAUCCCAGAACUCAUCACUUACCACCAGCACAAUGCAGCAGGUAUGGUCAGCAGGCUGAAGAUCAUUGUGUCCAACCGGGCCCAUGCGCCAUCCACCGCAGGCCUCGGCUACGGUAUGUGGGAGAUAAACCCCCGUCACCUCACCUUCAUCAAGGAGCUGGGCAACGGCCAGUUCGGCGUGGUCAAGUACGGCAAGUGGCAGGGCCAGCACGACGUGGCCAUCAAGAUGAUCAAGGAGGGCUCAAUGUCGGAGGACGACUUCAUAGAGGAGGCCAAAAUCAUGAUGAAGCUCUGCCAUGAGAACCUGGUGCAGCUCUACGGCGUGUGCACCAAGCAGAGGCCCAUCUACAUCGUGACAGACAUCUACAUCGUGACAGAGUUCCUCUCCAACGGCUGCCUGCUCACCUACCUGAAGGAGGGCCUGAAGCAGCACCCCACCAACAUCCAGCUGCUUGAGAUGUGCAAGGACGUGGCCGAGGGCAUGGCCUACCUGGAGUCCAACCAGUACCUCCACCGGGAUCUGGCUGCGAGAAAUUGUUUGGUUGAUACCAACGGCACGGUCAAGGUGACAGACUUUGGAUUGUCACGGUACGUCCUGGAUGAUGAGUACACCAGCUCAGAGGGCUCCAAGUUCCCCGUCCGCUGGUCGCCCCCUGAAGUUCUCCUCUAUCGUAAAUUCAGCAGCAAGUCCGACAUCUGGGCAUACGGGAUCCUCAUGUGGGAGAUCCACACGCUAGGGAAGCUUCCCUACGAGCGCCUCGACAACCAGGCCAUCGUGGACCAGGUGUCCACGGGCUACCGGCUGUACCGGCCCCAGCUAGCCAACGAGAGGGUCUACAGCAUCAUGAAGAGCUGUUGGCCGGAGAAGGCAGAGGAGAGGCCGACCUUCCAAGAGUUGGCAGUCAAUGUUCAAGAUCUGCUUUACGAGUUCCAGUAGUCCUACAGCUGAAAACACACACACACACACACACACACACACACACACACACACACACACACACACACACACACACACACACACACACACACACACACACACACACACACACACACACACACACACACACACACACACACACGUCCCCCCCCACCCACUGCUCGGCAAUGUCAAUAUUGAGGGAAAAUGUAAAGAUGUUACUGGUUACUAAUAUAAGACAAGGGUCAAACAGUUGGACAGUUGUGGUAUAGGUUACGCUUCUUUCUUCCUCGCCGAUGAGCUCAUUUUUUGCUAGUUUUAAUAAUUAUAAUAAUAAAGUGCCCUUUAUCAGUAUAUCUUCUGUCCUUCUUCGAUUUACUUCGAAUUAGCUAGUAAUAUUAUGUUAUUAUUUGACUCAGAGAUUUGAAUGAAAUGUGUGUUCAUUACAAUAAAAUGUAACUUUGGUUGGAAACAUA